AUGGACGCUUUCUCGGGAUACAACCAGAUCUUGAUGCAUCCCGAUGAUCGCGAGAAGACAGCAUUCAUCACCGACAGAGGGACCUACUGCUACAAGGUGAUGCCCUUCGGGCUAAAGAACGCCGGCGCGACUUAUCAGCGACUCGUCAACCGAAUGUUCGCUGAUCAGCUUGGCAACACCAUGGAAGUGUACAUCGACGAUAUAGAAUUCCUCGGCUACAUUGUCACUCAACAAGGAAUCGAGGCUAACCCCAAGCAGAUCUCAGCGAUCCUCGACCUUCCAAGCCCAAAGAACAGCCGCGAAGUACAGCGACUAACCGGACGCAUAGCAGCUCUCAACAGGUUCAUCUCGCGGUUAACCGAUAAGUGUCUUCCCUUCUACGAGGUACUAAGGUGCAAUAAGAGGUUCGUCUGGGACGAAAAGUGCGAGGAGGCGUUCAAUCAACUCAAUCACUACCUCACAACCCCCCCAGUACUAUCGAAGCCAGAAGCCGGCGACACAUUGUCCCUCUACAUAGCCAUCACAUCCUCCGUCGUCAGCAGCGUGCUCAUUCGAGAAGAUCGGGGAGAACAUAAACCAAUCUUUUACACCAGUAAAAGAAUGACCGAGCCGGAGACGAGAUACCCAACACUCGAAAAGAUGGCCUUAGCUGUCGUCACCUCGGCCAGGAAACUGCGAUCCUACUUUCAAUCGCACACGAUUGAAGUCCUUGCCGACUUCUUGAUCGAGUUAACACUAGAGCUGGAGCAAGACCUCAUCCUACCAAGUGUAAACUGGGUCCUACACGUCGACGGUUCAUCCACGAGUAAAGGGUCAGGAGCAGGAGUGCAACUGCAAUCACCAACAGGAGAACUCAUCCGGCAGUCAUUCAGUUUUGGAUUUGCGGCGUCAAACAACGAAGUUGAGUAUGAAUCCCUCAUCGCAGGGCUCCGUCUCACCAAGGCAGUGAAAGCCAAAAGAGUCAGCGCUUACUGCGACUCUCAACUUGUCGUAAGCCAGUACUUCGGCGAUUACGACGUCCGCAACGAAAGGAUGGACGCCUACCUCAAACUCGUUCCUCGCGGAGAAAAUGUCUGUGCCGACGCCCUCGCUGCUCUAGGAAGCAAACUACACGAUCAAGUCAAGAGGACAAUCUCAAUCCAUAAAAUCGAGAAACCGAGCAUCGAUACGAAGGCAGAGCAGACUGCGAUUGCAGCAGCGAUUAGCGAAGCGAUGGACAUCGACGAAGCAGAACCUCCUUCGCAAGAUGAUCAGCCAACAGAUUGGCGCAAGGAACUCAUCGAUUACCUCGCUGAAGGUUUAUUGCCCACCGAGAAAUGGGACGCGCGGCGACUGAAGCGACGUAGCGCACACUACGUUGUCUUGGACGGGGAACUACACCGAUGGACCGCGACGAAGGUGCUACUCAAAUGUAUCUCCGGCGAAGGAACGAAACUAGUCAUGGCCGAAACACAUGAAGGAGCAGCAGGCAAUCACUCGGGCGGACGAGCUCUCGCAUUAAAAGUAAAGAAUCUCGGAUUCUACUGGCCAACCAUGAACGCCGACUGCGAGACAUACGUGCGCAAGUGCGACAAAUGCCAGCGUCACGCUUCCACCAUACACAGCCCACCGGAGUUCCUUCAUACCCUAACUGCUCCAUACCCAUUCAUGCGAUGGGGAAUGGACACCAUCGGUCCGAUGCCGGCAUCUCGCCAAAAGAAGUUCAUCCUGGUCCUCACAGAUUACUUCACCAAGUGGGUUGUAGCCGAAGCCUAUGCCAGCAUCACCGACAAGGAGGUGCAAAACUUCGUCUGGAAGAACAUAAUCUGCCGACACGGGCUCCCAUACGAGAUCAUCACAGACAACAGUUCACAAUUCAUCUCGCAUCAUUUCAAGGGAUUCUACGACCGAUGGCAAAUUCGACUCAACAUGUCGACCCCGAGAAACCCACAAAGUAACGGCCAAGCCGAGUCGACGAACAAGACCAUCAUCGACGGUCUGAAGAAACGACUCGACUUAAAGAAAGGUUGA